AGUUAGUUUGUGGGCGCGGGGGGGGGGGAAGUGGGCGUGCAGGAGGUGGGGGGCAUUGUGGAUCAGAGUCAGUGCUUGGCAGUGGAGAGAAGGCGCCCACGGGAAAAGGCUGCACCAUUUGGAGCUGGGAGAGGGACACUUGGCCUUUGGAAAGGAGAGGGUCCUCUAUAUAUGGCCCUUGUUGGCUUAAAUGGUUUGCCCCAGGGAUGAGUCUUGGUGCCUGAGGACCUGCUGGGCAGACCUUGGUGUGCACUGAAUGUUCUGGAGGAGGUUUCUGCUUUGUCCCCUAAGCCAGCCAGCUAGUUGUUGAGGAAUCGUGAGAAAAUGGCUUGGGCUUUGAAGCUACCUCUAGCUGAUGAAGUCAUCGAGUCGGGCCUCGUUCAGGAUUUCGAUGCCAGCCUCUCUGGCAUUGGACAAGAGCUGGGCGCUGGUGCUUACAGCAUGAGUGAUGUCCUUGCUCUGCCCAUCUUUAAGCAAGAAGAAUCCAGUCUGCCUCCUGAGAACGAGAACAAAAUCUUGCCGUUCCAGUAUGUCUUGUGUGCGGCCACUUCCCCUGCUGUGAAACUCCAUGAUGAGACUCUCACCUAUCUCAAUCAAGGUCAGUCUUAUGAAAUCAGAAUGCUCGACAACCGAAAGAUGGGAGAGUUACCUGAACUAAAUGGGAAGCUUGUAAAAAGUAUAUUCCGAGUGGUGUUUCAUGAUCGACGGCUUCAGUAUACUGAACAUCAACAGCUGGAAGGCUGGAGGUGGAACAGGCCAGGAGACAGAAUCCUGGAUAUUGAUAUUCCAAUGUCCGUGGGUAUCAUUGAUCCCAGGGCAAACCCAACGCAACUAAACACUGUGGAAUUUCUUUGGGAUCCUUCAAAGAGAACAUCCGUAUUUAUUCAGGUGCACUGCAUCAGCACAGAGUUCACUAUGAGGAAGCAUGGUGGAGAGAAGGGCGUGCCGUUCCGAGUCCAGAUUGACACUUUUAAGGAGAAUGAGAAUGGGGAAUACACAGAACACUUGCAUUCUGCCAGCUGUCAGAUCAAAGUCUUCAAGCCCAAAGGAGCUGACCGGAAGCAAAAGACAGACAGGGAGAAAAUGGAGAAGCGAACGCCUCAUGAGAAAGAAAAGUAUCAACCUUCAUAUGAGACUACAAUCCUUACAGAGUGCUCUCCGUGGCCCGAGAUCACAUACGUCAAUAAUGUACCAUCCCCAGGCUUUAGCAGUUCUCACAGCAGUUUCUCUAUCAGCGAAGGAAACGGGUCUCCAAAUCACCAGCCAGAACCUCCCGCUCCAAUUGCAGAUAAUCUCCUGCCAACGUCCACACCUCAGGAAGCUCAGCAGUGGCUGCACCGGAAUCGCUUUUCCACAUUUUCACGGCUUUUCACAAACUUCUCAGGGGCAGAUUUACUGAAAUUAACCAGGGAAGAUGUCAUACAGAUCUGUGGUCCUGCAGAUGGCAUCAGAUUGUUCAAUGCAUUGAAGGGACGGAUGGUGAGGCCAAGGCUGACCAUCUACGUCUGCCAAGAGUCACAGCAGCCGAGGGACCAGCAGAAGCAUGAAGAUGGGGAUGCAGCCAACAGCACUUUCUUUGUGUACCAUGCCAUCUACUUGGAGGAGCUGACUGCUGUAGAGCUGACAGAGAAAAUUGCCCAACUCUUCAGCAUUUCUUCUCAGCAGAUCAGCCAGAUCUACAAACAAGGGCCCACAGGGAUACAUGUACUCAUCAGUGAUGAGAUGAUACAGAACUUUCAGGAUGAAUCAUGUUUUGUCUUGGACACCAUGAAAGCUGAAACCAAUGAUAGUUACCACAUCAUCUUAAAAUAGACAAUGGUCUUGAACCUGCCACAUCGUUUCUCACCUGCAUAGCCUCAUUGCCUGUUUUGGCACCUGGACACCAACAGAGAACCGCAAAAAGCAAAGGAAAUGCAUCUUGCUACCCAUAGCAUGUUGCCACCUCCUGUUAGGUGAACAGCCUGUGCUGCACCGUUGCUGGGCAUGCAGAGGACACUGAUUCUUCAGACUGCAGUCAUAAUGGCUGCACCCAGCUGACUGUUGAAAACUGUCGGGUUGACAAGGGAUGGAACUUUGCAAUUAUGUGUAAUGAGGGAAGGGGUGGUGGGAGGAGAAGAAAGCAACUGCGACGCGUGGAUAGGUGACAAUGUAUACUGUGAGGAUGGUUCUCUGGACCUUCCUGGAAGGGAGGGAGCAUCCCUUCUGGGGGAGCCCCCUCUCCCCCCCCCCAACCCCAGGAUGAAACCUCUUUUAGCCAUUCAGGCUUCUUGGAUAUGUGUUCCCAGCUGGUAGAGCCAUGGGAUUUCCAGGGGUAGUUUUCGUUUUUAAAAACAAAACAAUGCUAGGUAAAUUAAUUUCUAUUCUAACUCUUUCAUACCUUGUUUUCGGGUAAUGCGAAUGAAGUAUUCACAUAGUACAUCUGAAUGUGUUAGAGUGAUCUGUGGCUGCCUUCCUUGUCAGUAUUCAUGAGCUUAUGAAAUCUAGUGUCCGUUGGGCCAGUUUGGGGCAUCCUUCCGCACUCUUAAUUGAGAAAACUUCCAAGAGGCAAAGUAAAAAAGAAGCAUUAAAGUGGGUGACCUGAACUGCUUUCUUCUCCAUUAAAGAGGUCAUCCUCCUAAGAUAAAAGGGGGAAAGAGUAUGCUAAAAACAAACUCAUGUGAAUGAAUUACUUGGGAUGUGUGGAACGGAUGUAGGUUUAAAAAAAAAAGAAAUCCUCCAGGAAGUCACAGCAGUGUCAUUUGAGAAAGGACUCAUACUGCAGUUGUUUAUCAUGCUUACUGACAAGCUUGUGAAAGCUCCAUGGUGACAAAGUGCCUGCAUAUUUGUUUCCAGGGCAGCAACCAAUCUCUUGGGUAAAAGUCUUAUUCCAAAACAGAUGCCAUAAUGCAUUUCCAGAGACUUGAGGAGAAAGGUGGGCAAACUUUAGCAACUUUGGUUGUUUUGCCCUUGAAUCACAAGUGGGCCCAAGGUCUAGGGGGGUGAAGCCAGCUUCCUCCUGGUUUUGUCAGUCCCCUUAGCAAAAUGACAGAUCUCUGCAAGCUUGAAGCUUACCUGGGUCACAGUGAUACUGUGCAAUACCUUAUCAGAUUUUCAUAGGCCUUGGUGGGCCCACAGAACUGGGAAUGGAUUGAGGUUGCAUUUAACAGGAGCUGGAGAAAUUGCUAGCUUGCAUUUUAUGACAUGAAGCCUUGUUACAUAUAUUUCCAGGAGCACCAGAUUUUUUUGAACAGUUUUAUCAUUCGUUUGUGCUGGUUUUUACCAGAAGAGAGGGAGAACUCUUAUUUAAAUAACCUUAGGCUUGCUGAGUUGCUGCACAAGGAGACAGAAAAUUUGGUCAGGUUAGUUUAAGAUCAGGUGAAAUAAAUUUAAGAAUGAACCCAGUCAUUUGCAUUUCUACAUCUUUUAAGUAGAAGCUAAAAUAACAGAUACAGUAAAUUACAUAAAACAAAAGCCAAAUUUUCCAGCUAUCUCCAAGUCGCCUUUGGGACAUAACUCACCCCCCAAGAUGAUGGCCAGCUAAACUUGGUAUUUUGUGUGUUCUUUUAGGAGCAUCUAUGCAGGAAUCACUGGCUCACAAUGUCAUGCGGAAACCAAAUUAAUGGUGACCUAAGGGAAUUCAUUUAUUGGAAGUCAAACUUCAUGCCUUUCCAUUUCAGAGAAUGGCUAGUGUGUGCUCUGACGGUCAGUGAGAUUUGUGCUAACAUGUCACUGACAAGAGGUUACCCCCAUGAAAUAUAAAGCUGUGAACUAGCCGCCUCCUGUUUCCAAUAAAAGAUCAUGCAUGGGACUUACAUAGCUAAUGCUAUUUUUUUGGUCCACGUCCAGAUGUGAUCUGGCUCUGACGUCAUGAUCUCAGUUGGGGAAAACAUGAUUAAUUAACAGGAUACAUCUGUGUACCUAUUCAUUUGCUGUCUGCUCCUUCCUAUUCCCCUUGCACACACUGUUUCAGAGAAGAUAACCUCUUUUAAACCAGAGUUUCGGUGACUUCUGAACUGACAAAUGUGUGGGUAAGGGCUCGUUGUGAACAAGGGAUAUAUGAACGUACUGGAUUGUGCAUCUUGAACUGGACAUUGUUGUCCUCUCUGCCUAGUCUGUCAGCAGCAGCUUAUUCUCAGUGCACAAAUUGCCACAUAAUUUUCAUUUUCCAUUCUGCCCCAUCCUGGAAAACUACAUUGGAGAUUAUUGAUCCUGUGGGUGGGGGCGGGUGGGUGUUUUUUUGCGGAACUCAGUGAGGGCAGCGCAUGGUCUGCUGUUCUUCCUGCACUGUCAUGGUUUGUUGUGUAUUUCUUUUUAUUAUUUCUGUUUGUUUUUGCUAAACCAUAAAAUGAAACUAUGAGCUCUC